UGGUCUUCCGAGAUGCAUCAUUUGUGAUAUUUAGCUUAGCAAUGUCUGUGGUGUUAGCCACCAUAGCGUCUGAAUAAACAAUAAACCUGUAGCCAUUUAAAGCAACUUAUGUUGAGGCAUAAUGUCGCAGUAUGAACUAUUUCAGAGUCAGACCAUGUCGAUAAUGAGGUUGUUAGCCGACACAGCCCGUGCUGAGAUCUGCAGGGUUUAUCAUGAUAACACAGAUACAGAGAAAGAGCUCAAACUGGCAAAGCUUAAUGCUGUCAUGGAGGUUUUGGUGAAGGAGGCAGUACAGAAAAUCUGCCUUGUGUUCAAGUUGUGCAGUGUAGAGAGAGACUGUAAUGCAGUGGAUUUGGCCAGUGCGUCUGAAAGAUCAGGAAAUACACAGAGUCUGCCCGAGCCGAAGGAACCAGCUGCACAACCCAAAUAUGCUCAAGCUACAAUAUCCGGAGGAACUGUGUAUCUCUUGGUGAGUGCGGAAAACCCACCGGCUUUACCAACAACUGCAACUCCACAGCAAGAUGUCAUCAGAGAAGCUGAGCGUCCUGCCACUCGAGUGCUUGAAUCUGUCACACCCAGGAACCCUUCUAUGAAGGUGGAAAAACGUGGAGAAAAGAUCCAAACCAUCUUGAUAAUGAAAGAUGCAGACUCUUUUCCCGUUGAAGCUAAAGAUGCAGUAAAAAGCCCAGCUGUGCAAGCCACCGUUCAACCAGAUGAGCUCGACCACAUGUCCUAUAAAUGUGAUGUGUGUGAAAAGGCAUUUACAAUGAAGCGUUACCUAAUGCGGCACAACCAAGUGCAUUCCAAAACAGCCCAUCACACCUGCAGUGUGUGUGGGAAUAAGUACAGAUUUUUAAAAGCACUGAACAAGCACCUCUUGUCUCACGGCAAAAAGAAGAGGGAGACGCAGCCAUGUAAAAUAUGUGGCAAAAGCUUUGUAAACCUGGACAAGCACGAACUCAUCCACUUAAACGUAAAGCCGUAUCUUUGUGGCGUGUGUGGAAAAGGCUUCACUCAAGAGUCGGUUUUACUGGUGCACCAGAGACUCCAUACUGGAGAAAAGCCGUAUCAGUGCGAGACGUGUGGGAAACGCUUCACGCAAUCCAGCACCCUUUACAUUCACAAGAGGGUUCACUCAGACAGGAAGCCCUGGAAGUGCAGCCUGUGCGACAAGAGUUUCAGGAGGCAGUCCAGCUUGAAAAAGCACAAUAUGGUCCACACUGGAGAGAAGCCACACACAUGUGAAACAUGUGGCCAGAAAUUUAGUCAUAGGGGAAAUCUCAAAAGACAUGCCCUUAAUCACUUGGGCAUAAAACCAUAUGCGUGCACGGUCUGCGGUAAGCACUAUAGUCAGAUGAGCUCGCUAAAGGAACACAUGCCAGUGCACGGAACAGUCAAACCCUUCAUGUGCGAGACAUGUGGGAAGACCUUUGUGUACAAUUACGCCCUGAAAAAUCACAUGUGGACACACGCGGAAUUUCGAAAAGCACACGGGGCUGUAAAGAACCCUCGGUGCUGCGAAGUCUGUGGGAAAUGCUACAGCUCCUCUUAUGCUUUCAGAAUGCAUAAGAGGCUUCACGCUGAGGACAAUCCAUUUAAAUGUAAGGUAUGCGGGAAGACUUUUACCAGUAUGUCUGGCCUGUACGCGCACGAGCAGCGUCACACGGGGGUGAAAGUUUUCAGGUGUGAGCUAUGCAAAAAGACUUUUGUGAACAAAGCGUAUCUGAAAGUGCACGAGUUUUUGCACACCAAAGAAAAAGUCCAUAAGUGCUUGCUUUGUGGGAAAGGAUUCAGUCUGCCCAAUGGACUUAAGCUGCAUAUGCUUAUUCACACUGGUGAAAAACCACACAAGUGUGAAAUAUGUGGCACGUCUUUUCGCAUCUUGGGAAAUUUGCGGCGGCAUAAUCGCGUUCACACUGGAGAGAAGCCAUUUAGUUGUGAAGUUUGUGGGAAAAGCUUUAGCCAGCCAAACAAUGUGAAAGCUCACAUGCAGAUGCACACUGGUAUAAAACCAUACACUUGUGAGAAAUGUGGGAAGAAGUACGCUUAUGUUAGGAAUUACAAUGAUCAUAAAUGUGUGCCUGUGUAAAAAGUAACAUGCAGUGUCGUUGUUGAUAGUAAUUUACUGAAUUGUUUUACAUGAGAUUAACAUGCUUUCAAUAAAGCACAUGAAUCAUUUGAA